UCUCUCUGUCAAAUAAAUAAACUCUUUAAAAAGAAAAAAAGUUAAUUCUUACUAUUGUUUAUAAUAAAGUAUCUAACUGGUUCCCCUCAAAUUUGUAUUUUAGGCUUUCUUCAAAGACCCAAAUGUUAUUCCCAAUUUGAAGUUACUUUCAGAUUCUUCUGGACAGUGGACCACAUUAGGAACUGAAGUGAAAAAAAUUGAAGCUAUAAAUGUUCCUUGUACACAGCUUUCAAUGUCAUUUUUUAACCGGUUGCAUGAUGAAGAUAUUGUACGAGACAAUGGACAUAUUGUUAAAUGCUUAGAUUCUUUUUGUGAUCCCUUUCCUAUUUCUGAUGAGUUACGAAAAAUGUUGCUCGUGGAAGACUCAGAAAAGUAUGAAGUAUUCAGCCAACCUGAUAGAGAAGAGUUUCUGUUCUGUCUUUUCAAACAUCUUUGCCUCGGUGGAGCCCUUUGUCAGUAUGAAGAUGUGCUUCACCCAUAUUUGGAAACCACGAAGCUUCUCUACAAAGAUCUAGUGAGUGUUCGAAAGAAUCCUCAGACCAAGAAAAUACAAAUUACUUCUUCCGUCUUUAAAGUCACAGCAUAUGAUGGCGCUGGUGUGUGCUACCCUUCGACAGAGAGUCACGAACAGACAUUUUCUUACUUCAUUGUGGAUCCGAUCAAGCGUCAUGUUCAUGUUUUAUACCACUCUUACGGUGUGGGGGAAAUGUCUUAACAGGUUCUUUCAGGUUAUCUAUUUUGAUACUGUUUUAUUUACCAAUUUUUAAUUUUAAUGCCAAGUUAUAGGUAAACAUUUACUUUGCAAGUCAAUUCAAGUAAAAUAUAGAGAAACUGCUUGGAGCAGAAGGAGACAAGUACCAAGAUGCCUUUCUUUAAAUGUAUCUGGAAUAGUAACGUGAGGACCAAAUUCCAUCCCGAACACAAUCUACACCAGAACAGUCUUGGAAUUUUUGCAGGAAGUUACAAAGAACUAAAAAUCUAGUUCAUAUUUGUUGCAUUAAGAUUUAAGUAAGCCCUCGAUUUUCCAUGUGUUUUAUUUUAGAAGCUAAUUAAUUCUGGGUUGAAAUUGUGGCAGAAAACUGAACAUCACUCUAUUGAUCAUUAAUAUGAACUGUUCGCUUUUCAAAUUUGAGUUUCAUUUCAUUACAUUUCUUCAUUGCAUAAAGAUUUACGUCUCUAGGGCUGCAAAGUGCAUAACAAUUCCUUUGCUUCAUUUGUUCCACUUAAAAUCCUCAAUAAAACAGUAAUGUUCUGAAAGUAA